ACCCACCGUCGGUUGAACCACGGAGGCGACGACUGCGCGCUUCCGCUCGCACACCGCCUGUACGUCACUGCCAUUUCCUGAUCUGUCACUCCAGGCCGUGAUGGCGGAGUCGGAUGAUAUCGAUAUGAUCAUGAACUACCACGGUGAUUUCUUAAAAAGCGACAGAAAAAGCAGCCGCUACCCCUACUGUAUUGUCUGGACACCUAUUCCUAUUUUAUCGUGGGUGCUUCCAUUCAUUGGUCAUAUGGGGAUAUGCACGUCUUCUGGAGUCAUACGAGAUUUUGCAGGGUCAUACUUUGUCUCGGAGGACAACAUGGGCUUUGGUAGACCAACAAAGUAUUGGAAACUUGACGUGGACAAAGUCUGUGGUAACGGUGCUGCUACAUGGGACAAAGCAGUGCAUGAUGCAUCUGAGGAAUACAAGUGUAGGCCGCACAAUUUGUGCUUUGAUAACUGCCAUUCUCACGUGGCCAUGGCCCUUAACCUUAUGCGCUACGACAACAGCACGUCUUGGAACAUGGUGAACCUCAGUGUGCUGUCUCUCAUUCAUGGCAAACAUGUGAGCUGGGCAGCAUUCCUCAAGACCUGGCUACCCUUCGUCAUGCUGUGCGGAGUCCUCGUCACAUUCAUCCUAACAUUCAACCUACAGUAAUGGAGCAAGCAGUACGAUGGGAUGACUCAUAGACUUUGGAUAUACAUUAUACAUUGUCAUUGUCAUAUACUGUACAUUGUCUCCCAGUCUCCAGGAAGGUAACUGAGGGCAAAGCCUGCCUGUUUGUGGGUGGUUUAACAUAUAUUUUUUGUUAUAUAUGUAUUUAUGAAUUAUUUAGGUGUCUAAACUAAAAAACACCGCUUAGAAUUUUCCAUUAUUGUUUCUCACGCAGUUUCUCAUUAUUGUUGUUGUUGUGAAGAAUAAUAAUAAGAAUAAUCUGUGAAUAAUGAAGACAGAAAGUAAGCAUCAACACCUGGAUUGUGUCUGUGCUUUUGUUUAGUUUAUGAGCAGUAUUACGACAGAAGGUCACAAUAUAGUAGAACAAUGCCGUUCCAGAGAUGUAUUUUUUCAUGAAUGGCAAGAUUGACCAUUUCCAGACUGAACAAUGUACAUUAGAGUUAUGAAUCACUACAACAUGGACCACAAGUUGAGCAACUACCAAAGAUGAAAUGAUGUAGGACCCACAUAAGAAAUAUAUUAAUAUUGUCCUGUAAAAAUCCUCCCCUCCUCCCUUCAACCCACUUUCUUCUGCUGUAUAAAAACAAACGUGGUCUUUUUUUUUAGCAUCAUUUGCUUUUCUCCAAACAUAAAUUGAACGCUUUCAUACUGCGCAUCCUCACGCGAGAAUGUUAGAAAGUCCAGGAGUAAUUUCACAGUACUUUAUUAUGCAUUCAUUAUUUUUUGUUUUUGAUGCUAUGCAUUUAAAUAGGUAUUAUUUAUCAUCAGCUUCAGUUAUUCUGUUUUUGGAACUUCAUUCUGGAUCUACUGUUUACAGCACAUUUUUAUGUCUCUCCCAGCACAUCCACCGGCUGUGGACGCUCUAAUUGUUCUCUGUACCUUUAAGGAAACCAUAUAGCACUUUCAUCCAGCAGAUUCUGCGUGAUAUGAACUGCCACCAGUUCACAGGAACCUUUAUUUCCAGAAUGGAGCAGACAAGGAGCAACUGAUGGUGGAGCGAGCAGUCUUUGCUGCCUCUGCAAUAUUUGAUUAGUUGACAUUCAUUUUUCUUAUUAAUGUGCACAGACUCCUCUAUGCUGCAGUGCACACUCUUGUGUGUUAACAGUGUUUUUA